AAAAAAUGGGAAACAGUUUCAAAGUCCAAAAUGGAUAACGGUAAGUCAUCGGCGAUGACGAGAACUUCCGAUCCGAAACCGAAAGAUUGGGCUUCUGUCGACGUCGGAACCCUACGUCCGUCCUUAAAAUCCAAACCUUAAGUCCGAAGUAAUCAAUUCGGACAAAAUCUUACAUCUCCAAAUUCCGAUGAUUUAGGAUCGAUUUCUAGGAUCUUUAUCACGCCAUUCUUCUCGUGCCCGGAGAUUUCAGUGUCUGAUUCAGAGCUCUAUUUCUUUCUUGAUGGAUCUUUAUUACGCCAUUCUUCUGAAUCAGACACUUUGUUCUGAUUGUUUGCAGAUUGGAGAGCGGGAAGGUUCAAAUUGUUAGGGGUUUUCGUAUCGUUCCUUUUUCUUUUGUACAGAUUGCAUUGAUUUUCCAGAAAUUGUACAACGCCCUUAAUUGAUCUGUUUUUGGGUUUUCGUUAGUUGUUCUUGAGUUACUGUGUUUAAUUAUCUUCACGGAUUGGAUAGGUUAGGAUGCGAUCCAGACGCAAUGUGGCUCCAGCGAUUGAUUUGUUCCCAAACCUUAAACCUCCGCACAGAACUUUAGGUUUUCACAGGACACUUGUUCUAAUCAUCACAUUCCUUGCAUAUGCGUCCUUCCAUGCCUCGAGAAAACCUCCGAGCAUCGUUAAGAGUGUGCUUGGACCAACAAUCCCGGUAAAUUCAUCAAACAUUUUGCUGAGUCCGCCCUCAAAUGUAACUGGGUGGGCUCCUUUUAAUGGACCUGACGGCAUCCAGUUGCUAGGGAAGCUUGAUCUUGCAUUUCUUUCUGCAUAUUCCAUUGGAAUGUAUUUUGCAGGGCAUGUUGGUGACCGGAUGGACUUGAGAUUAUUUCUUGUUUUUGGGAUGAUGGGUAGUGGCAUUUUCACGAUACUAUUUGGGUUAGGAUAUUGGUUAAAUCUUCAUGUAUUGUUGUUUUUCAUUACUGUUCAGAUUAUAUGUGGUCUAUUUCAGUCGAUUGGAUGGCCAUGUGUGGUGGCAAUUGUAGGAAAUUGGUGUGGCAAAGAAAAGAGGGGACUCAUAAUGGGUGUCUGGAAUUCACAUACUUCCAUUGGAAACAUCAUUGGAUCGAUUGUAGCUUCUGGGAUUUUGGAAAUUGGAUGGGGUUGGUCGUUUGUAGUACCUGGUGCUUUGGCCAUUUUUGUUGCCAUUUUGGUGUAUCUGUUUCUUGUUGUGAGUCCUGAAGACAUUGGAUUUGAAACCUUUGUUAGUGUUAGCGAGACUGAAUUGAAUGCUGAGGCGAUUCCAGUUGAAAAAUCAGAGAACGCAGAUUCAGAAGCAACAGUGUUGCUUGAUGUUGAGCAUCAUUCAGAUUCUAUGCCUGCAAUUGGCUUCUUAGAGGCGUGGAGGUUGCCGGGUGUUGCGCUUUUUGCUGGCUGUCUCUUCUUUUCCAAGCUUGUCGCUUACACUUUUCUCUACUGGCUGCCAUUUUACAUCAGACACACAGCUGUUGCUGGUGUGCAUUUAUCUCAUAAAACAGCCGGCAUCCUGUCCACGAUUUUCGACGUUGGAGGUGUUUGUGGAGGAAUAUUAGCAGGAUUAAUCUCUGAUUUGAUCGAUGCUCGUGCAGUUACUUCAAUAACAUUCCUGCUACUCUCAAUUCCUGCUUUAGUUCUCUACCGUGCUUUUGGGAGCAUUUCCACAGUCACCAACACCUGUUUGAUGUUUCUUUCGGGGUUACUUGUCAAUGGCCCCUACUCACUUAUUACCACAGCUGUUGCAGCUGACCUCGGCACUCAAAGUAUACUUGCAGGGAAUUCCCGAGCUUUAGCAACCGUGACUGCAAUCAUCGAUGGCACUGGGUCUAUUGGGGCAGCUCUUGGGCCUCUUAUGGCAGGAUAUCUUUCCAGUAGAGGAUGGAACACUGUCUUUUUCAUGCUGAUUCUUUCCAUCUUCUUUGCUGCCCUCUUCUUGGUUAGUUUAGCUUUAUCCGAAAUCAAAGUAAAGUUGGAGCAAGGACGAUGGUUUUCUAGUUCCCACACCUCAACGACAGUGGUUUAGUAUAGAGUAUUAGAUUUCUGAUAGAAAAUAUAUUUGUACAUCUUUGUAUCCUAUUCCUUUGUAUUCCUUAGAGAAAGAUUCAUGUACCAAUCAUACACAGCAAUUGAUUGGUAGAAUACAAAAAAA